AUGCGCGACAGUGAUGGAGCACGGGAGAAGCUUUCUUCUUCCACCGUCUCUUGGAACACGUCUACGCAGUUCACUGCCCAACAUGAUGACAGAAGCAGCGACGACAAGCAGGGAGACACCGCGGCAGCGUUGCUGAUGCUGCUGCUGCCGGGCGUAGAUCUUGCUCUGGAAGCCCUUGAGAACCACAAUGGCACCAUCAGCAACUACCGGAUGGCGUACCGUCUGACGCUCAUGUCUGAUGACGAAGCCCGGAACGUCGCCGCGACGUUCAAGCACAUCCUGGCUCUCCUGCACGCGAACCCCAACCAGCGAGUGGCCACCCUCAACCCCAGCGAGAGAGACAUCGACCAAAUCAUGGCCUGGAAUCCGUGUCCCGGGACUGGCGACUUGAAGCAGGACGCUCGCCUGAUCCACGAGGUCUUUCAGGAGCAAGUCCGCAGCCGGCCGAGCUGGGUGGCCAUCGACGCAUGGGACGGCCGGAUGACAUACUCGGAGCUCGACGAGGCAUCGGACAGACUGCGAGACAGGCUUCGGCAUGCCGGCCUCGGUCCGGGAGACGGCGUGCUUCUUUGUUUUGAAAAGUCGGUGUGGAUGUCCGUGGCGAUGCUGGCCGUCCUGAAGACGGGGGCAUUCUGCUCGAACCUGGACCCGGACUACCCCGAGCAUCGCGUGACGCAGAUCGCCGAAGCAACAGAGGCAGUAUUCUUGGUGGCUUCUCCAGCUCAAGUAGAGAAGCUCAAAGGUUAUGAGAUAUCACAGCAGCUUGGCCUGGUGCAGGUCCCGAGCAACGGCGGGGAUGAACAUGAACAAGAUGCUGGUGAUUAUCACGCCCGUCAUAGCACGAAACAGCAGCACCAACAACACCAACAACAAACAAGACUUUCACCCGACAGCACGGCGUUCAUCGUCUUCACCUCCGGCAGCACGGGGGUGCCCAAGGGCAUCGUCGUCUCCCACGCCAACGUCUGCACCGCCGUCGCCGCGCUCGGGGACGCGUUCGGCGUGGACGGCACCACGCGGGCCCUCCAGUUCGCCGCGCACUCGUGGGACGUGAGCGUGCAAGACUACCUGGGCUCGCUGCUGCGCGGCGCUACGGUGUGCGUCCCCUCGGACGACGAGCGCUGGAACGACCUGGAGGGCUAUAUGGCCCGGACGGCGGUGAACUGGGCGCACCUGACGCCGACGGUGGCUCGCACGCUGCGUCCUGGGAGAACGUCCAAGAGCCUGCGGACGCUCCUGCUGGUCGGCGAGCCGAUGGGUGACGCGGACAUCGCCGGCUGGGUCGAGGCCGGGACCCGGGCUUUCAACGUCUACGGGUGUACCGAAGCUACCUGGGUGCAAGUGUCCAGACCCAAGGAUGGCGCACAAGUCGGCCGCGGACACGUGAGCGGGUACGGAAUCAACACGAGGGUUUGGGUCGUCCGGCGAGGGGACCAGGCCCUCAGUCCGGUUGGCUGCACGGGGGAGAUAUGGCUCGAGGGCCCCAUGGUCACUCAGGGGUAUAUCAACGUUGAUCCGCUCCUUGAACAGAGAAGCUUCCCCAACAGGCCGGACUGGGCGGAGAGGCUUCUUGGACGCACUCACGUUGACGGCAAACACAGAUACUACCGCACGGGCGACCUCGGCCGCCUCUGCGCCGACGGCGCCCUCGAGGUCAUGGGGCGGACCGACACCCAGGCCAAGCUCGGCGGCCAGAGACUCGAGCUGUCCGAGGUGGAGCACUACCUGAGAGAGGCUUCGGCGUUUCAAGCCGCUUCGGUCUUUAUACCCAAGGCCGGGCCGUUUGCCGGCAGACUGACGGCUGUUUUGGGCGAUCUGCCUAUGGGAGGAAGCAUCGAAGAUCGUCAUAAUCACCGCCAUCAUCAGCUGUCCAAGGCCGAGGAGGACGAGGAGGAGGAGAUCCUCGAGCCGCAGCUGUUGCGCUGCUCUCCACCGGUGGCGGCGGAGAUUGCGACGAAACUGGGUAAAGCACUACCGAGCUUCAUGGUCCCAGUCGUAUGGAUGAGCAUCUCUCGGUUUCCCAUGACUGCAUCCGGGAAGCUGGCACGCUCUCAGAUCCUAUCCCAGCUGGAAACCAUGUCUGGCGGGGCAUCUGACUCUGCUCAGUAUGGAGAGUUGGUGAGGCAAGACGAAGUCGAUGUAUUAUUACCAGAGACCCCGCCUGGUGAUUCAACACCUGGAGAAGAGGCCUUCCUGCAGCAUGUCUGUGCCUCUCUGUUGGGCAUCGAACCGGCCAGCGUCGACCUCGGCAAGUCGUUUGUGUCGCUGGGAGGCGACUCUAUCAGAGCGAUGCAGAUCGUGGCACGGUACCGGGCCGUUGGGAAGCGCAUCACAGUCAGGCAGCUCUUCAACAGCCGAUGUCUUCUCGAAGUAGCCGCCCAGGUUGAGGGGCUACAAGACGUAUUAGCCGACGCAGUCCGGCAGCAGAUAGAGGACAUGGGCGAGGCCCUGCUGUCUUUGCCCACCAUCAACAGCCUCGACGAUGUGGAGGAUGUGUUCCCACUGUCUCCGAUGCAAGACUCGCUGGCGCUCAGCCUCGCGCGGCUGGGAGGCCGGUUCUACAUGGACGAGUUCGUCUGGGAGGUUCGGGCCGCGGACGGCUCUCGAAUCGACAUGGAUCGUCUUGAAGAAGCGUGGGAGGCGGUGGUCGCGCGCCACCAGGCUCUCCGGACGAUGUUUGUCGAGGUCGAGGUCGACGCUGACGUCCCGGAGAGAAAGAUUAUAGGAUCGAGUAUGCCGUUAUACCAGGUCGUACUCCGACGGAGCCCGGCAAGCUGCCAUCGAGUGCGGGCUUCGAACGACGACGAUGUACCACGCGUUGCGCGGGAGCACCCUCGGAUGCUGGAUACCCUGAGCCAUCACCAGCUCAUCCACGCCGGUCUUCCUACGCACAGCAUGCUGAUGGUCUACCACGACGGAGACGGAAACGGAGACGGUCACGGCAGAGUCUGGUGCAGGCUAGAGGUGAGCCACCUGGUGGAGGAUGCCAUGUCCAUCCUGCCGCUGCUCCGCGACGUCUCCCUCGCAUACCGGCAUUCCACCGAGGGCCCCGGUCCCGGUCCCGGCAUCGGCUCACUGACGGUUGGUGGCGAGUUUGUGCGGUAUAUCCGCAACCGGGAGAGGCACGAAGCAAGCUUGGCGUAUUGGAGCUCGUACUUGGAGGGCGCCCAGCCGUGUCUGUUCCCCAGUCUCGUCGACUCGAGCAGCGACUCGAAGCCGGAGCAUGUAAGUGACGAUGUAUCAUCAGAUGGACGACACCGAGAGCAACACGUCGUACAAGUCGCACUUAACGACCCGAGGACGCGGGGCCUGCAGCAGGCGGUGGCACGUCUGGGCCUCACGCUGCCGACCUUCUUCCAAACGGUCUGGGCGCUGGUCCUCUAUAUCUACUCGGGGAAAACUGACGUGGUUUUUGGCAACGUCGCGUCAGGGCGGGACGUCCCGAUCCCAGACAUCGAGGAGGCCUUUGGGUCCUUCUUGGGCAUCCUGGUCUGUCGAGUGGACCUCGGCCGUCAACAACAGAAAGAUGAUGAUGAUGAUGAUGAUGAUAACGAUGCAGAUGGUGUCGAGACCGAGGAGAGCGGCUCGCCGCGUGGCCCGACACUUCUGGGCAUCAUGAAGGAAAUCCAGCGAGCCACGAUCGAAGGGAGCAGCAAGCAGUCGUGUUCCCUCGCGGAGAUACAGGAGGCUGCCGAUCUGUUCCGCGACAGGAGCUCCAGGGUGCCGUUGUUCAACUCGGGCAUCUCGUGCCGGCCGCUCAUCACGGAGAGCGACCAGGAGGACUUUGCGUUGCGGUUCCAGCAGAUGGACAACAGGGAACUGACCGAGAUGGACCUUGCCCUGAUUGUAGAGACGGGCCAGGAUGCAAUGAGUGUCUACCUCCAAUAUCAAUCAUGGUUCCUGAGCGACGCAGCGGCGGCCAACGUCGCCGAGACGGUCAGCCACCUGGCCACGGAGGCCCUGCUUAACCCCCGGAGGAGCAUCCACGACGUGGGAAAGGUGAGCCCACGGGACCUCGCGCAGAUCUGGGACUGGAACAGGGAGGGCGUGCCGCCCGUCGAGGAGGUGAUGCACUCCUUCGUGGAAGAGAGGAUGCGGGCGAGCCCCGGACGGCAGGCCGUGUGCAGCUGGGACGGCGACAUGACGUACGGCGAGCUGGACCGCGCCACCGGGUGCGUUGCGCAGUACCUUCGGGACUCGUGCGGCGUCGUGCCGGACAGCGUCGUGCCCAUCUGCUCCGAGAAGUCGACAUGGGCCGUGGUGGCCAUGCUCGGCGUCAUGAGGGCCGGAGGGUGCUUCGUGAUGCUGGACCCAGGCCAUCCCGACUCGAGGCUGCUCUCCAUCGUUGAGCAGGUCCGUCCGCGCGUGAUGCUGUCUUCUUCGAGGCAGAAGGCUCGCCUGGGACGCUGGGCGAGAGACUUGGAUCUGUUCGAGUCGAAGGAUGGCGGCCCUCCCUCUCCUAUAUCAGUGCAAGUUCUGGCCAUCACGGAAGACUGGGUCAAGCGGCGGAUGAACAUGACCGAGACCUCCGGCCUUCCGACAUGCAUAUGCCCCGAGGUCCGGCCCCGGCACGCCAUGUACGUCCAGUUCACUUCCGGCACGACGGGCGCGCCCAAGGGGGUCGUCAUCUCGCACCGCAACUUCGCCACGGGCUUCCGGCGCCACUGCGCGGCCACCGAGGUGUGGCCUCACACGCGGGCGCUGCAGUUCUCGGCCUACAGCUUCGACUCGAGCGUCGGGGAGAUCCUCACGACGCUGGCCGUGGGCGGGUGUCUCUGCAGCCCCUCGGACGAGGACCGCAACAUGGACAUCGUCGCCUUCAUCGCGCGCUCCGGCGCCAACUGGGCCGCCUGGACCCCUUCCUUCGCCUCCCUCAUCGACCCGGACGACGUGCCGAGUCUGAACGCCAUGUGCCUGGCCGGCGAGCCGCUGUCGGCGUCGCUCGUCGACCGGUGGGCGGACCGCGUCUGGAUGGUCAACAUCUACGGGCCGAGCGAGUGCAGCAUGGCCUCGACGGUCAACAACCCGGUCACCCGGGACUCUCUCCCGUCCAACAUCGGCCGGGCACACCGCUCCGUGACGUGGAUCGUCGACGAGGACGACCACGAGCGCCUGCAGCCCAUCGGCGCCGUGGGCGAGCUGCUGAUCGAGGGUCCCGUCGUGGCGGACGAAGGAUACCUUGGCCGCCCGGACGUGACGAGCCGCGUCUUCAUCGGGGCGCCGUCCUGGCUGCGGGGCGGGCCGCAUGCCCGCCCCGGCGCGCGCUUGUAUAAGACGGGCGACCUUGUGCGGUACAGCUCGAACGGGAGCAUCAACUACGUCGGCCGGAAAGACACGCAGCUCAAGAUCCACGGACAACGCGUCGAGGUGGGCGACAUCGAGCAGCAUCUGCGCGUCUGCAUGGCCCAAAUCGUUCAAGGUGGGGGAGGGGUGUCCUCGCCUCCUCCUGUUGCCGUCGAGCUGUUGCACAAGCAGGAAGAGCAGCAACACGGAUCGGAGGUGCUGGCGGCCUUUAUCGUUGUUGGCGAUGGUGAUAGCGAUGCCGGUGAGAGCAGGAAUGCUUCGUGUGUUAGUGGUGGGAACACAAGACAACAGGACCGGGAUCGAAGCAAGACUUCUCUGGACUUGGUUGCUUCUGACCCCCAGACCCUGGCCCGGUUCCGGUCUCUCGUCGAGCGGAUCCGACACUCGACGCUGCCGUUGCCGUCGUACAUGAUACCGCGCAUCUUUGUGCCGCUCAAGACUCUGCCGACCACCACGGCCGGCAAACUGGACCGUCGUGCUCUCCACCGAGUCGCGGUCGACAUGGGUCGUCAGCGCCUUGUCUCGUUUUCUGUUCAGCCCGACCCGGGAAGCAACAGCAGCAGCAGCAGCAGUAGCAGUGAUGCUGUGAAUACCGACACUCGCUUGGAAGAACAACAACCGAGUGAUUUCGAGCCCUCCUCGGUGGAAGACAUCGUGACGGGCUUCGUGGCGAGGCUGCUCGGGUUGGAUACGGUUGGCAUUCACGAUGACUUUUUCAACCUGGGCGGCAACUCGGUGGUGGCCAUCCGACUCAGUGGCAUGGCACGCAGACACAACCUCGCUCUGAGAGUGGCAGACAUCUUUGAGAAGCCUCGUAUCAUCGAUAUGGUGGCCAGAAUCCGUGCUGCCCGAGAAGCAGCGUCGACGACCAACAUCAACGUCAAUGGGGAGGAAUCUCAUAUCACAGACAACGGCUCAGUACACCCGCAAAAGGACCAGCAAGACGUGACACCACCACCGUUCCAGCUGCUCCGUAAGAGCAGCUUACUUCCAUCAGACGAAUCAUCAUCACCAUCCAUCGACGAUUUCGUACGUAGCGUUGCCACGGAAUGCGGCAUGGCCGUCGGCGAGGUCGAGGACGUGUUCCCGUGUACGCCCCUCCAGGAGAACUUGAUGGCCAUCUCGACGCGCCGGACAACGACGACGAGUCCGCAACCGUACGUCGCCCAGCAGGCUUUUCUUCUCUCAGAUCGAGUGGACGCGGCGCGCCUCAGAGCAGCCUGGCGGGCCACCCUGAGCAAACACGGCUUGCUGCGUAGCCGUAUAGUCUCGACGCCUCGGGGGGGAGUGCUGGUGAUGGCCAAGAAACCGGGCCCAUCGCAGUGUACCAUUUAUCAUCACGCAGGCUCUCUAGAGAGCUUCUUGACCGAGCAGCAGAACCAGGUGCGUUUCAACUAUGGCGGGCCUCUCAUAGAUAUUGCCUUUGUGUACUGUUCCGAGGCCGAGUCCGGCAACAAGCAUCGAACCACUGGCCGGGUCAACGGUGGAAGCCGCGGAUAUAUCGUCUUCCGAGCCCAUCACUCCAUCUAUGACGGAUGGUCUCUCCAGUUGAUCUGGGACGAGGUUGCGUCGGUCUACAGCCAACCACCCCAGUCCCACACGUCCAUUAACAAGGACAUGAUGAACAUGGACACGGGAGAAGAGAUGAAAUACAGCCCACCUUUCCAGACGUUCGUGAGCUGGGUACAGCAGGCGGCCGGUAAAGACUCGGAGACCUUCUGGCGGGAAACACUGGCCGAUGCAGAUGAGGAAGACAGCAGCACCCUGUUCCCGGCCGUCCCAGCCGGGCAUCAGACCUUGGCCCGCGCAAAACUGACCCGUGUGCUUCCCCGACGGCCCCAGAUCCCCCGGCACUCGGACUCGAGCGUCACGGUGCCGACGUUGGUACAAGCGGCUUGGGCUGUCGUCCUCGCUCUCUACGGCGGGACCACGGCCGUCACCUUCGGCGCGGUCCUCUCCGGCCGGGACACGCCGAUGCCGGGCAUCGAGCAGCUCGUCGGCCCCACCAUGGCGACCGUGCCGCGUCACUUCCAGGUGCGCCGUGAUCAGACCAUCGCCGACUUCCUCUCCCGCGCCCACCGGACCGGGUUGGCCAGCACGGCACACCAGCACCUCGGGCUCGACAGCAUCCUCCGGCUCGGGCCCGGGCCCCGGGCGGCCUGUGACUUCCGGUCUGUCGUCGUCGUCCAGCCCGCCGAGUACUCGGACUCGCUGUCCGGGGCCCAGGCGAGGAUCGGGAUCCGCAACGUCGACGACGAGGAGCACAACCCGGCCGCCGACGACGCCUUCCAUCCGUACCCCCUCAACGUCGAGUUCUCGCUCCUGCGUGACGGCCGCGUCGCCGUCGAGGUCCGCUUCGACCCGGACUGCGUCGAGGAACACCGCGUGGACAGCAUGGUCCGCUGUUUCGACUCGCUAUGUCGCGGGAUCGGACAGUCCUGCCCGGAAGACACGCUCGCCAGCAUCAUGAAGAAUUUGCAAGAUGACCCUGGCUCGGCAGUGUCGUCCCCGAGUCCGUUUGUGCCCUUCACGGAACACUACAGCCGCAUGGAAGACGUGAUUGCCUACCGUGCAGCACGACAACAGGAUAGCCCGGCACUGGUCGCCACGGGAGCCUCGCUGACGUACCGGGAGCUCGAGACCCGGGCCACCCGGCUUGCCCGCCGGCUUCUUGCAAGCAGACACUGCCUUUCCCUGGAGACUGAAGAAGAUGGUGGUGAUACGGGGGACAACACAAAAGACCGAUUCGUUGCCAUCUGCAUGCCCAAAUCCCCCGUCGCCAUCGUAGCGAUGCUGGCCAUCUGGAAGGCCGGCGCGGCGUUCACGCCCCUCAACACAUCCCAUCCGCCCUCGCGACUGACGAGCAUCGUUACCCGGGCCGGAGCCACGCUUGUUCUCUGCUCGCCCUCCACGAGGUCCGUCUUUGAUGGCGUCGAGGGAGUCGAAGUCUGGGUGCUCGACGAAGAGUCACUUUCUCUUGACGAUGCUUCUGUGGCCGAGGAGGAUGAAGACGAUGAUUACUACGUUCUCCCGCAUACUGCACAAGCAAACGAUUAUAACAACAACAACACCACCACCAAAAACCCAUCCAUACAUAAAUCACCCCACCCCGACGACGCCGCCUACCUCCUCUUCACCUCGGGAAGCACCGGCGAACCGAAAGGCGUCGUCGUCCAGCACCGGGCCCUUUGCAGCGGCAUGGCCGCCCAGGCGGCGGCCAUCCGGUGCACCUCGGAGACGCGCAUGCUGCAAUGCGCCAACUUCGCCUUUGACGCGUCCAUCCUCGAGAUCUUCGCGCCCUUGAGCGUCGGCGGCUGCGUGUGUCUGCCCGACGACGCCGAGCGCAUGGCGGACCUGGCCGGCUUCAUCCGCCGGCACGCCGUCAACGCGUGCACCUUCACGCCGUCCCUUCUGCGCCUCCUCGACCCGGCCGGCGUGCCCGGUCUGCGGACCAUCGUCUCGGGAGGCGAGCCGCUGACGAGGACGGACAUUGAAGCCUGGCUCGGCGGUCUACCGCGUGAGGAAGACCGGCGGCGGAUGUACAACGUCUACGGCGUGACCGAGGCCUGUGUCGUCUCGGCCGCCAUGCCCGUGACCCUGUCCACCAGCCCGCGGGCGGUGGGAUUCCCCGUCGGAGCUUCGCUGUGGCUCGUCAGCCCCGUGUCCGGGAUGCUGGCCCCGCCUGGGGCCGUCGGCGAGCUGUUCCUAGAGGGACCGGCGUUGGCUCGCGGGUAUCACGAAGACGAGCCGAGGACUCAGACCUCCUUUGUUGAUGACCCGGCGUGGCUCGUCGGCGGUGUCAGCCGGCCCCGGCCAACACGUGUUUACCGCACCGGCGAUCUGAUGUACCGCAACGGCGACGGGUCGCUUUCGUUCCUCGGGAGAAGAGACGGGCAGGUCAAGAUCCGCGGCCAGCGCGUCGAGCCGGACGAGGUUGCCAACAUGAUCCGUGGCUGGAUCUCAUCGCGACGGGCGGAGUCCUCUACACCGUUACUCCUCCUGCCCAACGCCGCCGUCACGUCGUUCCGCCCUGCCGACUGCCUCGUGGCCGUCAUCUCCAGCUCACAGCCGUUGAAGUGCGAUGGUGACGGCAAUGGUGAUGGUGAAGCUGUCGAAGGAGACCAUACCGUUUACGACGUCGAGGGUGUGGCGUGUUCUCUGGCGCUGCAUUCCGCUCUGGCAACGUCUGCCGGUCUCGGCAACAAGCCCGGAGCCCUUCAUGUCGGCCAACAACAACAACCUUCGACCCUGGCUCUCGAAGCCGCAGAGCUGGACGCUUACUUGCGCCGUCGGAUCCCUGAAGUUAUCGUCCCCAAGGCCUAUAUAGCCGUCAACUCCAUACCCGUCACCCCGUCAGGGAAGCUCGACGCCCGCUGGGUCCUCAGGUGUCUCGAGACGCUCGCAGCAAAACACGGACUGGUGUUUCGAGGCUCGGCAACGAUAACAUCAUCAUCGUCUACUUCAACGAUAGAUGCUGGUCUGGGGACGACAAUCACACACCAUCUCUCAGGGGACGCAAAGCUCCUCCAGGAUUGCUGGGCCGAGGUCCUCCGCAUCCACCCUGCCACCCUGAUCGGAGAGGAAGCCGACUUCUUCCACAUGGGAGGCAGCUCCGUCACCGCCAUCCGUCUCAUCAGCCUGCUGCGCAGCCGUGGACGACUGCUUUCAUACGAGGCCGUGGUGAUGCACUCCCAGCUGGGAGACAUGGCAGCCACUCUGGCGCCGCUGGGAGAGGAGCAGCGUUUGUCACAGGGAAAUGGUGUGAAUGAAGCUCAUCUCAGAGUCCCCCGUCCCUUUGAGAUGGUUGGAGGGGAUGGGGCAAAGCUCGAGUCGAUCCUUGACGAACUGAUGCUACAAUAUGGUAUAGACCGAGUUCAAGUAUACGACGUCUACCCUUGCACUCCGAUGCAAGAGGCCUUCAUGGCCAUGAGCGUCAUGCACCAGGGAGCGUACAUCUCCUUUCAAACCCUGGAGAUCCCGGCCGGGCAGUUCACAGACUUUCAAUCAGCGUGGCACUCGAUCCACCAGCGCCACGAGCUGCUCCGUACGCGCAUCGUGCCCUGGCUCGGCGGCGAGGAUGAAGCCAGCCCACAGGGACCCCUCCCUUCUCCCAGCACAGCCUUGCAGGUCGUCAUCGCUCCGGAGUACGAAAUCCAAGACGCGUACUGGCGACGGGCUCCAGAUGUGGACAGCUUCGUCCGCGACGUGAACGAGAGUCACAGGUACGGGCAGCGACUGGUCAAACUGGCCUGGGUGAUGGCGGAGGAGGAGGAGGGCGAAAACGAGAAAACAGUCCAAGUCAUCAUUGCCGCACACCACUCCGUCUACGAUGGUUUCUCCAUGGCCAUGCUCUGGCAGGAGUUGGGAGUCGAGAUGGACGCGCUCAGAAAACGCACCUCCAGCGGCACCGCCGGGGGAGUCGUUGAUGCUACAGUCGCGCCGAGGAGACCGCCUUUCAGUACUUAUAUCCGGCAUUUGUGCCUCCUGAACCAGACUGACGAGCCAACGGUAUUCUGGCGAGAGACGCUUCGCGGGGCCUCGGAUGGCAAACUUUUUCCGGUGGUGUCUUCACCCGUUUCCUUGUCAUCGUCUUCGGCGGACUCGGACUCGGACCCGGACCCGGAAGACCGGCGGCCGGCGGCGUCAUCCACCCGGGGCGGAACGGCCGUCCUUGGCAACAACACCUCCCGGACCAAAUUCCGGCUCGUCGACCUGGCCCACGCCGCCUGGGCUCUUACCGUGUCGCACUACACCGCCAACCCGGACGUCGUCUUCGGCGUCAUCUCGUCCGGCCGUGAGUCCAUCGCCGGAUUGUUGCCCGACUUAGAUCCGGCCGCACUCGCCGGGCCGACCAUGGCGUCCGCGCCGCUACGGCUGCAUGUCGACUACGCGCGGCCGACGCACGAUUACCUCGAGGAUGUGCGGCAGAAGGGGCUCGACCUGGCGCGCUUUGCCCACGUUGGCCUCCAGCGCAUCUCCCAGGCGAGCUCGGAUGCCCGUCGUGCAUGCCGCUUCGAGAGCAUCGUCGUCGUGCAGCCUGCGUCGCCGUCUCUGUCGCCCGCCUCCUCCUCCUCGGAAGCUGUCUCUGAAGACGCCGUCGAUGUCGAAAAGUUCCUAUCCGGCAUCAAACAAGUGCAAACGCCCACCAUGUAUCCCCACCCCCUGAUGGUGGAAUGCGUACCGCUGCCACCGAACGACGCCGGGCACCGUGAAGUCCGAGUCAACCUCGGCUACGAUCCGCGUAUGGUCACUGAUGAGUUCGCGCACCGGGUUCUGCUCACGUUCACCGGGAUCAUGUCUCAGCUUGCAAGAGACGACACCAUGGGCGUGCCGCUUUGCAACCUGCGAGGCUUGUCAGCCGAAGACGAGGCUCUUCUCCUGGAACGCGCGAGACGUCAAACACCCAAGCCAGUCGACGCGUGUGUUCAUGACUUGGUCCGCCGCCAGACGGACUUACACGCCAACGAUGUAGCGGUUGAUGCAUGGGACGGGGCCUUGACCUACGCCGAGCUGACGGCGGCGUCUGUACGCCUCGGGAACAGGUUGAGGGACAGGUUCGGAGACUGCCGCGGCCGAGCAUUCCCGAUGCUGUGCCGCAAGUCGAAAUGGGCCAUCGUCGGCAUGCUGGCCAUCUGGCACGCCGGCGGGCAUCUCGUGCCCAUGGAGCCUACCCAUCCGAUUCAGAGGCUGCGGCUCGUGGCCAGCACCGUGGCCGCUUCCGCUGUGCUCGUUUCCUCCGACUGUCUUUCCACCGGUCUGGAAACGGGUUGUCCGUGUAUCGUCAUUGACGAUGACGGUGAUGGCAGUGGUAUUGAUCUGGCAUACAUCUUGUUCACAUCUGGCAGCACCGGAACUCCCAAGGGCGUCAUGGUCGAGCACAGGUCGCUCAGCUCGUCGCUCGUGGCCCUGGGGAGCAGCCACGACAUGACGCCGGCCACGCGCACGAUGCAAUUCGCCUCGUACGCCUUUGACGCCAUGCUGGUCGAGAUCUGGAGCACCUUGGUCUUUGGCGGCUGCGUGUGCGUCCCGUCGGACCAGCAGAGGAUGAACGACAUGACUGGCUUCAUCACCACUGCCCGUGUGAACCACCUCUUCUGCACGCCGUCCCUGUCUCGGACGAUCCCCCCAGACGCCGUGAUGCCGUGGCCGCUGGAGAAGGUGAGCCUCGGCGGUGAGGCCAUGUCCCAAGGCGACGUGGACCGUUGGUGUUCGCGUGGUGCCUGGCUGUCCAACGGCUACGGACCGACCGAGGCCUGCAUCGCGUCGACGGUUCAGGUCAUGAUCCAAGCCACUCCCAUCGGCACCGUGGGAUUCCCUCUGGACAGUUGUAGACUCUGGGUUGUCAACCCGCUCAAGCAGCAGCAACAUCAACAUCAACAUCAGCAACAACAAGAACAACAUGAACAUCAUCCCGGCCAAUACGAGCUGGCACCGAUCGGAGCCAUCGGCGAGCUUUACAUCGAGGGCGUCAACGUGGCCCGCGGCUACCUCCACGACGAGGCCAAAACAGCCGCCGCCUUCUUGGAGAGGCCGCCCUGGCUCGAUGGGCGGCAGACCAAAGACAGCAGCGGCACCACGCCCGAUGACGAGAAGCAUUACAGGGUGUACCGCACCGGCGACCUGGCGUACUACAACCCCGACGGGAGCCUACGUCUGGUGGGCCGCAAGGACGCGCAGGUCAAGUUGCGCGGCCAGAGGGUCGAGCUUGGCGAGAUCGAGGAGGCCAUCCGUCAACGUAUCCCGCCGUCCAUCACGGUGGCCGUGAGAUCUUUUGAGACCGCCGGCCAUGGUGACAACAGAGGGGAUGAUGAUGAUGAUGAUGAUGAUGAUGAUGAUGGGGCAAGACGCUUUCCUGACACCGUUCAUCCUCAGUCGUCCAUGUUGCUGGCCGCCUUCGGGGUGGGUUCAAGUUCCGGCAAUAAUGAUGAUGAUGCCGGGGAACAAAGAGGGACAUGUGUGGUUGAGAACCCAGACACGCUGCUGGCCAUGCGUGAGAUGAUCUCCCGGCUGCAACAAGAGCUCCGGGCAGUUCUGCCAACAUACAUGGUGCCCGAUGGCUAUGUGCCUCUCCAGUCUCUGCCCUUCAACAGCUCGGGCAAGCUGGACGAGAGGGCCUUGCGGGAGUGUAUCGGGUCGUUGACCCCUGACUUGAUCGCCUCCUUCUCAACAAUAUCUUCCGGUUCCUCUCCUUCUUCUUCAGACGCGUCGCUGCCAGAGGACGGACCGCUGUCGAAGCACGAAGCCCUCCUCGCUGGCCUCUGGAUGCGUCUCCUCUCUGCGUAUUCCACCCCCGAAGAAAGCAGCAACAGCAGCAACAAAAAUACCAACAGAAGAACCACGUUGAGGCGGCGAGACGACUUCUUCAAGCUGGGCGGCGACUCCAUCACGGCCAUGAGACUGGUGGCUCUGGCGCGGCGGUACGAUCUCGGGCUCACUUGGCGAGACAUCGUCACAAACCCCACGCUGUCCGCGAUGGCGGGUGCCAUGAGAGUCAACACAAGCACAAACGAAGACGAGUUGAUUCUUACAGACACAAACGACGAAGCUGCCGCUGACGAAUGGAAGGCCGAGGCGUUCAAGGCCGUCCACGACGCAGGGUGCCUCCCGGCUGGGGUCGACGUCAUUGACGUUCUCCCUCCGACACCCGUCCAAGCGGACUUUAUGAACGCCACGGUCUCGUUCCCGGGCGCCCAUGUCUCGAGCCUCAUCUUCAAGCUCGACGACCCGUCUCUGGACGUGGCCCGGUUGCAGUCUGCCUUUGACCGCUGUGCCGCCUGGUUCCCGAUUCUUCGUACCCGUCUCGUCCGGGUGUCCGUCCCGCCGCGGCCCCGUGUUAGCCCGGCGUCUGGAGACAACAUUGGGCACGAUGAGAUGGUACAGAUUGUCGUUGCAGAGCCGCCGGCCUGGACCACCACGUCUUCUGGAUCACUGGAGGAAGCACUCGAGGCGGAAGCGAGAACGUCGCCCAGCCUGGGACAGGCCCUCUCACGAUUCCGCGUGGUGCUACAACAACCGGACUCGGGGGAGGACGCAUGCAGAGGAGGACCAUGUCCCACGCACCUCAUCUGGACGCAACAUCACUCUUCCUACGAUGGAUGGAGUGUGCGGCUGCUUCUCGAGCACGUCGUCAAGGCCUACGUCGACGAUGGAUACCAGCCGCCGCUGCUGGGCGACCACCUUUCCUUCUCCGCGUUUGCCACCCACGUCCGCCGCCUCAACCGGUCGGCGGCGGCGCUAGCGUUCUGGUCGACGUAUCUCGAGGGCGCCAGGCCGUGUUCUCUUUUCAACUACGACCGUGUGGCCGACCCGCGCAGGUCACAGUCCAUGAAGCGUCGACUGCCGCUGCCUGCACACGAGACACGACCGGGCAGCACCGUGACAACCGCGACGUACAUCGUCGCGGCGUGGGCCACGGUGGUCGGCCGUCUGACCUCUUCACCGCACGAUGUUACGCUGGGAUACACUCUGAGCGGGCGCGCGGGGCCGCUCGCGGGAAUCGAGGGUACCGUCGGCCCGUUGUUGAACAAGAUCCCCUUGCGCAUCCGCGUUGAAGAGGACGAGGGGGAGGACGAGGAGAAGACUGACGAGCCACCGACCUUCUCGGCCGUCGUUGAGGCGACGCAGAGGGCCCUCUUGCUGGUGUCCGAUCGUGCAGACUGUCCUCGAGACUUCAAAGGUUACGUCCCCGGGAACGUCAGGAACCUUCCUCUGGAUCUUGUCGUUCACCCACGGGGCACUUCCGGGGGCGUGGAUCUGCUGCCGGGGGCCUCCAUCGGCUUGCGUGCGUCUGGGGCGCGACUGGUCGCUCCUGCGCCGGGGGCUUUUAGCGUUGAGGUGGUCAUCUCGGACGACGGGAUCGAAGUCGUCGCUCUGUGGGAUGAACGGGCGGUUACAAGGGAGGUAGUCGACGAUACGGUGGAUGAUUUUGCGGCUCUACUUGCGGAAUGA